GUAGUCCCAAGGAAGAAAAUAAGAAGCGUGAAUGCAGAUUUUUCCAUGACUCCCUGCUCUUUAUUUUAGAGGGGAAAAUGGGCUGCUGGAGGAAGAGAUGGCUUAUACAAAGAGAAGUUUGAAUGCCAUAGAGAAUUCUGUGGCCAAGAAAGACCUUCAAGCCAUUUUUUAAGAUGUGGACAUGAAAGCCAGAGAGUUAUGACCAGCCAUCUGGUUGGUGGCAGAGUCAGCACCCUGACUGAGGAUCAAACCCACAACCUAGAUAUGUCUCCUGACCAGGAAUGGAACUGCAACCUUUUGGCGUAUGGGACGUUUCAACCAACUGAGCUACUUGGCAGGGCUGCAAUAACUCUUUUUAUAAGGGGAAUAUAGGCCUGAGUCAAGGCUUCAGACAUGGAUUUACGUCAGGUGAAUCUACACCUGGCUGACUUUAGAAUUCUUCUGGCUUUUGAUUUUUUUUUCUUUUUAAAAUAACUUGGACGGAUAAAAGAUGUGCCAUGGCAGGAUAGCACCAAAGAGCACCUCAGCGUCUGCCGUGGCCUCUGUGGGACAUGGAGUGUUCCUUCCGCUGGUGAUCCUUAGCACCCUCCUUGGAGACGGACUUGCCUCAGUGUGUUCCCUGCCCCCGGAGCCAGAGAAUGGUGGCUACGUCUGCCACCCCCGGCCCUGCAAAGAGCCUCUGAACUCUGGCAGUGUCAUCGAGUACCUGUGUGCUGAAGGCUACAUGUUAAAGGGCGAUUACAAAUACCUGACGUGUAAGAAUGGCGAAUGGAAACCAGCCAUGGAGAUUAGCUGCCAUCUUAACGAGGAGAAAGACACCAAGACGUCACUCGGGGUCCCCGCACUGUCCAUAGUGGCUUCCACUGCCAGCUCCGUGGCACUUAUUCUCCUCCUUGUGGUGCUGUUUGUGCUUCUGCAGCCAAAGCUGAAGUCUUUCCAUCAUAGCAGGCGUGACCAGGGGGUAUCUGGGGACCAAGUCUCCAUCAUGGUGGAUGGAGUCCAGGUUGCACUACCGUCAUAUGAGGAGGCCGUGUAUGGCAGUUCUGGUCACUGUGUGCCGCCCGCCGACCCCAGAGUGCAGAUUGUGCUGUCAGAAGGGUCUGGGUCUAGUGGGAGGAGCGGGUCAAGGGAGCAGCAUCUACAGGACCAGGGGGCCUGCUCCUCUGCAGGUGGAGAGGAGGAGGCCCCGGGCCAAUCUGGACUGUGUGAAGCCUGGGGCUCUCCGGGCUCAGAGACUGUCAUAGUGCAUCAGGCAACCACCUCCUCUUGGGUGGCCGGCUCAGGGAACAGCCAACUGGCACACAAAGAAGCCCCAGAUUCAGAGAACAGUGACAUACAAAGCCUAUUAUCCCUCACAUCGGAGGACUACACAGAUGAUAUCCCGCUGUUGAAAGAAGCAUGAGAUUUGCCACCGGCCUCUCUCCUCUCUGCAAUGGUCCUCUCUGUCCUUCUUCCCUCUCCCUUUGGGUUUGAGCACCCUGUACUCCAGCCACCUUGCCCGGAUAGCUGAGCUGCCACCUGUGGAUCUAUGUAUCACUGAGGGCCUGCAGGCCCACCUCGCUGGAAACUCAAGGAAUAUUCUCGCCAUCUGGCUGCUGGACAGUUGGAGGAGCUGGCUUUCUGCCUGGCCCAGCCUUCCCAUCUGUGUCGGGAACAUCUUUGAAUGUGCUGGAUUGAACCCUUCCUUUCCCUGAGCCCUCUGGGUCCCCUCCAGCUAACUCUUUGGCGGCAGCCCCCAGCAGCUCACAUGGGCCAGAGAGCCACUGUGUUUACUUGUGCCUUCUCCCGACCCUAUUCAGGGUCCCUGUCACACAGGCCUGUGCUGUCCUACAAGCCUUAGUGGCUGCACGGCUGCCCUCUGCCACACGAGGGGCUGGGCCUGGGUCUGGCUUGUUUCCUUUGAGGACUGCACCUCUGCCCUUACCAGGGGGCAGAUCCAAGAGUGAGAGCUGGGCAGACAAGAGUGUGGGUUCCUGGGCCUGCCUUUGGUUGACACUGUUGGCACAUUUUCUUGGUUGGGACAGAGGAUGUGGGAAUUCCUGCCAAAGCUGUCCCAGUACCUGGCUGUCUAGCUCACAGGUUCCGGCUCCUGGCCCUGCUGAAAUGAGUUUCCAGUUAGCAUCCAGAAGAUCCCAAGGGCGGGCAGGAAGGCGGCUGACGAUUGUCUUCCUAACAUGCAGAUCCUCGCGUCCUACUUCAGCAUCGACCUUCCUGGCUUCCGUGUUUCUUUCCUUGGAGUAUAAGGGGAAGUUGCUUGCUGCCUCCUGGGUUUUAUCCUGGGCAGCUCCUGCUUUCUUGCUGCCCACAGAGGCCCGAGAUGCAUCAUCCCUGGGACAGGAGAUUGCUGAGAUGCCAUGGACUGCCCAUCUGGUCACUGACAGUUGGGGCAAGUUGCCCGUUCUGGGUUUGUGGUGAUGGAGGGGAACCUGAGAGGCACAGACUAAGUCCCUUACCCAGGCAGCUGCAGGCAGCUCCAGCCCCUGGUCCUGAGGGUCCGCCUCACCACAGUCAUGUGCCUUAGUAACUGUUUCCAGGAAACGUCCUGCUGCUUGCUGCACUGCUGCUUUUACUUCUCCCUCCCCUGCCGUCCCUGCCUCCUGUUCACAGCUGAAAAAUGACUCCCUGGUCUUCUCUGGCACCUGCAAGAGGGGCUAAGAGACAGUCCUCCCCACCCCCCGCCACACACACACACCUUGCUGGCCACAGUGGGUGCAGGGUUGCAAAGCAUCCUGGCACCGGGCCCUGGUGUUGACAGAGUGGGCUCAAUGCUCCAGAUACUUCUGCUCGAUGUCUCGAUGUCUCUCCCUCAGCCACAUCUUGAAUGCUGACAAGGCUGGAGUGGCAGAGCUCAGGCAGGCUGCUUCCAUCUUCAAAAGAUGUGGCAUUAAGUAAUGCUUGUUUUUGAAACAUUGGGGCUGGGGAACUUCAAAGCUGACCCCAUACUGCACCUCUGCGCCUCCAUGGAGCCUCUCUGUUUGGGGUCGUAAAAGUAAUAAAGAACCCAAUAUAUUUUCAAUACCUGACCAAACAGGGAAGCUACAGGAGUAGAUGACCUGGAAAAUUAGGGGAAUGGCCUUCUCUCAGCCUCCUUCCUCCACUCACACACGCACUUUACUGCCUGCUCAUUCCUGGCCUCGCUGCCCCUGUCGUCUUCCUUUCUCAGGGUAAGGGCAGUGCCUGCUGUGCUUUUGGCCACUCCCACCUCUCUCCCCUGCCCCGCCCUGGAGCCCGAGAGUGUUGUGGGCCCAGAACAGCAUGGUUACAAGUGGAACAGGUUGUCAAAGGUGCCAAACUAGAAUGCAGAAGCCUUUGGGGGGGGAUGAAGUGUGCCAGGGGCCUGUCCUUGGCCUCAGAAGAGGCCAUUGCCAGAGAGUGCCUGCCAGCAGUUGCUGGCUCCGGGCCCAUCUGGAGGGUGGGUCCCUAAUGACCCAGCUGCCUCAUCAUGCAUGGGCUCUUCUCCACAGGGUGUAACCUUGACUUCCUUUGAAAAAUAAAUCAGGGGCAAGUGGUGCGGGGUCCACAGUCUGUUGAGCCUGCAGCUUUAUUUCCAAUCAUCCAGAACCUGAAUUCUAGCCUAGAAUUUUUCUUUUAAUGAAAGACCUUACCCUUUUUUAUAUCAUUACUCCGCCCCCCCGAGAGAUUGCACUUUUUGUUUUGGGUUUAUUCAGCUACAUAGGUUACCAGCUCAGACCCUGGAAAAAUGAAAAGCCUUCCUUCUGAAGUGUUCUUCCAACUGGCCGCCAUUAACACUGUCCUGGGGGGGGGGGGGGGUGCACAAACCCAGAUUUGUGUGCUUGGUAGGAAAGAAAGAAGGGUAAAUAAAUGGGAGCCUCCUGUUUUCUCCCCAUCUCUCCUCUCCCUUCCUCCCCCCACCCCCGUCACUGCCUUUGAGAAGGCCCACCUCUGGAGGCCUAGGGCCUUUGGGUGCAGGAACCAGGCAGGCCUCAUUCCUCCUGACGUUCGUGAGAGCCGUUCUCUUUUCCCUGAAGCAGAUUCUUAGCCAUCGGCCAUGUGCUGCUGUUUUAGGGGCUUCUGGGUUUUGUCCCUUGCCAGGGAUUUGGGACUUCACAGCUGCCUAAAGUGGGGCUUGGCUAAGAGACAGGAUGGUGACAGGUUGCUGGGGAGGAGGAUGUCAGAGGAGCCUGGGGCAGAUGGGUAAACUGCCAGAACCUGGCUUUUCUGGGCUCACCUCUAGAGGAGUCCAGCAGAGGGCUUGUCCAGGAGAAUGGUCAGCACCAAAGGAUUUCCUUUAAAAAGGUAUUUUUUGCACGCGUGCGUUGACUCAGUGCAGGUUGUACAUCCUGGCAGCUUGCAGUUACAUUCCAGUGACUUACUAGGGCCAGUGUGUGGUGAGAAUCACUUUGAGUUCCCAUCCCUUUCAAUGCCUUAGUUCAGCAGGUAGGCUCUAUCUCUUGCCAUUUCUGAAUUUUGUGUGCUGUGUUCCCCUUUCACUCAGUGUGAGCUGUGAAGUGGGCUGAGUCCUGGCCACUUGUGAGUUCUUUGGGUUUUAUAAGGCAUUUCAGUAUGUGUUCUAACACUCCAUUUGCAAACAAAACUGGAACUAAUGUUAUCUUCCCCAAUCAUCUUGCCCCCUCUCCACAGAGUUCUGUGGAGAAGCUGAAUGGCAAGACAGACAAAGGUAUACUCUUCCUGCCUCGGUGGUGGUGGCACAGAUCGAUCGAUAGCACUCAGCCUCUCCCCUCCCAGUCUCAGCGGAGCUCUCAGACCACUUGCUUCCCACGUAACAAUGUCACUUCCAUUCCCAGUUACAUCCUGCAUCUAGAGUGGAAUAUGCUGCAAACAUUUCUACAUCCUUGCCCUUUUUUCCUCCUUAAAGAGAAUCAAGGACCCAGAAGGGAAGUGGUGUGCAGGCUUUCCAGCUGAACUCCAGAUGUGCUUGCUGGGAGCAGUGAAGCUGGAAGCUUCUCUUGCAGGGCCUGCUGGGCUCCUGGUGCUCAGCACAGGGACCGUCAGUACUGAUCCUCAGUGAAAGGCUCAGAGAGGAUUUUGUUUGGCAGGCUCAGCUUUGCUGGGAAACACCUCUUAAUAUCCAGUUGAAAACCUAGUAGAAUUUCUAAUGAAAACCCCAAAGUUGAACCCUGUGCCAGGCAACAGAGCUCUCUGGAGAGGGUACAGGGGCAAAGCACUUGGAUUGCCAAGCAGGCAGGAGAGGGGAUGCAGGUUGCGUGGCCGCCCACCACACCCUGCCCUGGCUCAUCGCACCACUAUGGAAUCUUGCAGAAUGGUACUCAUGGUUUAAAACAAUACAUGUGUUGUUGACUGUGUGCAGGAUGUCAGUCAGUUUGGGUUUGCUUUAUUUUAUAUAUAUUUUUUGGUAUCCUGUACAUUGCAGUGGGUGUGAAGAUAGUAUUUUAAUAUU